GCUGCUGCUAACUCCCCCUCAUCCAUCUACCCUGAUAAUUACCCCCUCCCUCCCUCCUCCUGCUGCACCAAUGCCCCUUCCCCGGACUUCCCUGUAUAUUCCCCAUCCUGAUUCCGUUUAUUCGAGCCUGCUGCUCUCCUCCCCCUCUCAUCAUGUCUCUCCUCCUCCUCUGUCUCUCUCCCAGGACGUCGGCUGAUCCGGGGCCGCCAGGGAAGGGCUUGGGGCUGCAGGAAGGGAGCUGGAGCUCCGGCGGUGGCCUGGCUGCUUUUAUUUUGUAUUAAAAUGAGGAGGAGGAAGAAGAAGCUGCAGCAACAGCACCGACAUCUACUGGGAGAGCAGCGGCGGCGGCGGCAGAAUCCUCCUUAUUAUUAGCCCGAGCAAUAAUAGAGAGCGGCGGCGGCGGCGGCAGGAGGAGGAGGAGGAGUGAUGAGUCAAUACAACUAAUAAUUUAAUGGGGACACAGAAACGCAGAGAGAGAGAGAGAAGCAAAGCAGCUCCGGACACAACACAAUACACACCACACAGCACACCCCUGACUGGAGCAGCACAACUCCCAUCCUCUGCCCAUUGUGGACGGAGAAGACCCUCAUCCUCCUGCAUUGUGAGAAACUACUGAGCACUUCCCUGUGUUCCUCCCUCCCCCUGUGACAAGGACUGGAGCUGCUGCUCUCACUUUCCUCACUUGUCUUUUCUUCCAUUUAUUGUUAUUAUUUAUUUAUUUCUCCUACUCCCCCCCCCCCCUUCCCCCAUCUGUGUUAUCAGCUCCCACCCCUACCUACCUCCCAUCUACUUAUACAUACAGGUCCACCUGUCAACUACUGCCUGCCUGGGAGAUCAGCUCCUCUCGUCAGAUCCUGGAAGAAACUUUGCUGCUUUUUAUUUAAUAAUAUUAUUAUUAUUUUUAUUUAAUAUUUUUUUUUUUUUAUGGACCUAAGCGGAAGGCGGUAGUAGCCGCCCUCUGUUAUCUGCCACCCCGUUAUACUUGAUCUCCAUCCCCUGUUGUCACUAUGCUGGGGCUUGAUUUGAUUGCAAGCUUCUUGGACACGUCUCCAGACUGACCGAGUGACUGCUCCCAGCUGCUGCUUCUUCCUCUUCUGAGCAUCUCUUGAGUAUUGAUCUACUUUUUUUAUCUGUACAGUUAUAAGGCUCGUCCUCCUCUUGCACAUUUUGCUCAUCGCUACUAGAUCUUUUUCUUUUAUCAUUUUUUUUCCCUCCUCCAUUUUGGGGAAGAACAUAAAGAUAACAAUAUAGAGGAGAGAGAGAGAGGAUUGCUGGUGGGCUGCAAGCAAGAGCCCCGUAAAAGUGAGGACACCGGGCUCUCUUGCCUUGAAAUUUUUAUGUUGUGGAGCGGUGAUCCUUAGAGGCGGGACUGAGCAUGGAUCAUUCGAACGAGACAACUCAGGGGAUAGAACAUUCAGAAAUGUCUAACAAUGUAAGCGAUCCAAAAGGUCCGCCAGCCAAAAUAGCCCGCCUUGAGCAGAAUGGAAGUCCUCUAGGAAGAGGAAGAAUUGGAAGCACAGGAGGAAAAAUGCAAGGGGUGCCACUUAGACACUCUGCACACAUGAUGAGGAGCAGUAUCCGAAAAGGAAACAUGCUUCCAGUUUUCUGUGUCGUGGAACAUUAUGAAAAUUUUAUUGAGUACGACUGCAAAGAAGAACAUGCAGAAUUCGUGUUGGUUAGGAAGGACAUGCUUUUCAACCAGUUGAUCGAAAUGGCUCUGCUCUCCCUUGGAUAUUCUCACAGCGCAGCUGCCCAGGCCAAAGGGCUAAUCCAGGUUGGUAAAUGGAAUCCAGUUCCACUCUCCUGUGUGACAGAUGCCCCCGAUGCAACUGUAGCAGACAUGCUUCAAGACGUCUUUCAUGUGGUCACCCUGAAAAUACAGCUGCACAGUUGCCCUAAACUUGAAGACUUACCUCCUGAGCAGUGGUCCCACAUAACAGUCCGCAACGCUCUGAAGGACUUACUGAAAGAUAUGAACCAGAGCUCACUAGCUAAGGAAUGCCCUCUAUCACAGAGUAUGAUUUCUUCCAUUGUGAACAGCACUUACUAUGCAAAUGUCUCAGCAGCAAAAUGUCAAGAAUUUGGAAGGUGGUAUAAACAUUUCAAGAAGACACGAGAUAUGAUGGUUGAUAUGGAAGACCUGUCUGAACUAUCUCAACAAAAUACAAAUCAUGUGAACUUUGGUCAGCAGCCUAUUCCCGUUAAUAGCCCCGAAAAGCCUUCAUCCCCCGGACAGCAUUCUCUCAGCAGUCAGACAACCGUGCGGACGCCACUUCCCAACCUGCACCCAGGACUUGUAUCUACGCCUAUCAGCCCUCAGUUAGUGAAUCAGCAGCUGGUGAUGGCUCAGUUAUUGAACCAGCAAUACGCAGUGAAUAGACUAUUAGCCCAGCAGUCCUUAAACCAACAGUACUUGAACCAUCCUCCUCCUGUCAGUAGAUCUAUCAACAAGCCUAUGGAGCAACAAGUCUCGCCCAACACAGAGGUGUCUUCCGAUAUCUAUCAAUGGGUACGUGACGAAUUGAAACGAGCAGGGAUCUCGCAGGCAGUAUUUGCACGUGUGGCUUUCAACAGAACUCAGGGCUUGCUGUCGGAAAUUUUACGAAAGGAAGAAGAUCCCAAGACAGCAUCUCAAUCAUUACUGGUAAAUCUUCGGGCAAUGCAGAAUUUCUUACAGCUCCCUGAAGCUGAGAGGGACCGAAUAUACCAGGAUGAAAGGGAAAGAAGUCUCAAUGCAGCAUCCACCAUGGGUCCAGCACCUAUGAUCAGCACACCACCAGCCCGUCCUCCACAGGUCAAAACAGCAACCAUUGCAACCGAGAGAAACGGAAGCCUGGAGAACUGCAGCAUGAAUAUUAAUGCUUCCAUCUAUGAUGAGAUCCAGCAGGAAAUGAAAAGAGCUAAAGUAUCCCAAGCGCUAUUUGCAAAGGUUGCAGCUUCCAAAAGCCAGGGGUGGUUGUGUGAAUUAUUGCGAUGGAAAGAAGAUCCUUCACCAGAAAACAGGACUCUGUGGGAAAAUCUCUCCAUGAUUCGAAGGUUUCUCAGUCUUCCCCAAACAGAAAGAGAUGUUAUUUAUGAACAAGAAAGUAAUGCAGUUCAUCAGCAUGGUGAACGACCGUCCCAUAUGAUCCAUGUUUCUGCGGAACAGAUUCAGCAGCAACAGCAGCAUCCACAACCGCAACAACAGCAACCACCACCACAACAGCAGCCACAGCAACAAACGCCACAGCCACCAGGUCCAAGGUUGCCUCCUAGACAGCCCACUGUGGCAUCUCCAGCAGAAGCGGAAGAAGAGAGCCGCCAACAGCCCCGUCCACGAACAAAGAUUUCUGUUGAGGCCCUGGGUAUUUUACAGAGCUUUAUUCAAGAUGUUGGUCUGUACCCAGAUGAAGAAGCCAUUCAAACUUUGUCUGCUCAGCUUGAUCUGCCCAAGUUCACAAUUAUCAAGUUUUUCCAGAAUCAGCGUUACUAUCUGAAACACCAUGGAAAGCUGAAAGACAAUUCUGGCCUAGAGGUAGAUGUUGCGGAAUACGAAGAGGAAGACUUGCCCAAGGAUAUGGAAGUGGAGACUCAAGACAAAAGUACUAGUACUCUUUUUUCAGUUAAGCUCGAAGACAAUUUGUCUGGAGAAAGGAACACUGACAUUACUGCAGACCUGAAUGACUUAUCCUAAAGUAUUAUUUUUGUUCAUAUGUUAAAUUGGUAUUACUAAUUCCUAUUCCAUCCUAGGUACUUUCAGUAACUUUCUGUUGUACAUGGUAGGGCCCAAUGAAUCUUGGGGAAAAAUAAACUUGCACAAAAAAUGAAAGGAAAUGAUACAGACAAUAUUUAAUAUUUAAUGUUUUACUCUGUCUAUAAGCUUCUCUUAGCUCCAGAAGAAAAUACAGAAUUUUGUUCCGAGAUCUGUGUUCACUGGAUAAGCCACAACAUACUUGACAAGCAUGAAUCUUGCGCAGGCAAAUUGAAAUCUGGAGCCUUGAAACAAGCAUACAGACUUUCAGUGGGGUUUUAUUUUCUGUUUUCCUGUUCUUAUCCACACUUGGUCUUCAGAAAGUCACGCUUAUAUAUAAAUAGGAGAGUAUGUUACUCUAACUCAGUUGUUGGGUGCCGAAAAGCCCCUAUACUGUGGGAUGCAGUUUAAAAUGAUAACAUGCCAACAAAUGCCUUGUGUUAUAUGGCACUGCCGUAAUUUAAACUUAUUAUGUUCUCUUUUUGGAAAUAAAGUCACUGUAUUUUUUUGGUUUGUAUUUUGUUCUACUGGUUAAAAAGGAAGAGUAUGUACACAUUUGGUCCCAUUAUCUGUAGAUUCUGCAGCCUCAUAUUGUAAUUACUUUUUGGGGACGUUAUUUUAUUUUUGUUGUAUGUAAUAUUGCUUAUCUUUGUUACCAUACUGAUUAUUUUCUAUUUAUAAAUGUAUUUUGAUGGGCAGUAAAACAAAGUGUCUUAAAAGUUUUAAAUAGAGAAAAUGUGCUUUACAGAGUUGCCUAUAAAAAAGUGCUCUAUGUUAUCCAAGCAAUUCAUACUAUAAGCUUCACUCUUAUUGUGGUAUGCAAUUUUUACUAUCAUGCAAACAAGCUUAGGUAAAUAAAACAAAUAGAUCACCUUAGAAACUUAUGCAAUUAAUGUGAAAAAAAUAAUUGAUGUGUGCAAUGUGUCUUCCCUUGGUUUACAAUCAAUUUUCAAGCUACAUCUGUACAAAGUUUCUGUAUAAAAGUGUAUUUCUUUUUUAUGAGUUUAUGCCUAUGAAAACACCAGUUAUUUUGUUACAGCUGGCUGUUUUUAUAAAUGUAUCACAAUUUUCUUUAUGCAAAGAUGUUCUGACUAGAAGUGGUUAUUGACUGUAACUACACAAUUAAAAUUGUUUGUAUGGUAUGAUAUGGCAAGGUUUGUGUCUGUGUACAGUACAUCACGGAGCAUCAGAGAAUAGUUGACUCAAAGAGUCCAAGAUUCUUGGUCAACAAAAAAUCCUACUUUCUGGUCAUACGUAAGUUACUUAGGGAAAAAGAAAAGGUUUUAGGAGGUAAGCUUUUACUCAAAAGGCAAUUACACACACACUGGAAUAGAGAGUGGUUUGCUGCUGUACAACAGAACCUCAUACCUUCACACCUAGGUACUAAAAUGGCAAUAAUAUUCUGCUUAUUGGUUGAGACUCCUUGACUUAUCUAAUAUAACAAUUCCAAAACUAUAUUGGGAUAUCAGCACAAUAGAUGAUGUAGUGGUAUAUAUACAAAACUAAUACACCAAAACCAAAAGUACCUUUUACACAAUUAAUAUUUAAAUAAGCUUUAAUAAUAAUUCAAAAUGUAAUGAAUAAUUCAAAAUCAACACAAGUACAUCAGUCAGAGUGAUCAGAAAUCCAAGAGAGGAUACAGGGAGUGCCACAAUAUUAGGUCAUAUUAAAUCUGUAUUAUAAAUCAAAAAUAUAUAAACUACCCUAACACAAAAAAAAAAGGUUAUUGCUAUGUAAUUAAUGGACUGCAAAAGGAGAAUUCGAUUAAAUAACAUCACAUAGUAUUAAAGGCAGUGUAACUAAAAUAAAGAACACACAUGUGGAUUACAGAACGAUAUGGUGGCACGGAGGGUGCGUGAAAAACAAGCGAUGCGUGAAAAACAUUGCUCAUG